AGUAGUUCCCAAAGACAAACGACAGCACAACAGCAAAGUGCCUUCUUUUAGCCUCAGGAUGAAACCAGUCACUCAGAUAUUUCAAAUGACUGAAAUGAUUUUUUCAGAUGAUGGGAGGAAUCGUUUGUCCACCUGGUUGCCUAUCAGCAGACAAGACAUUUGCACUGAAACCUAAAUUCAAUAAUUAUAAGACUGUCUGCAGUCUACAGUGUAUCUACAACUCUAUUUAUUAUUACAAAUGUUCCAGCUGGAGUCUGGAAGGAAUUAUUUAGAUUUUACUGGAAUGCGUUGUGUAUAUCAUCGUGCCUUGUGUUAAUCACGGACUAAUGAUAGCCUUUGGAUCAAACUGAAUGUUUGAUCAAGGAAAUAAAAAACCUCCUUUCUAUGAAGAUUGUGCACCCCGAAUACUGCUAAAUUAACAAGUAAUUUUGAUGCCACUGGUUUGCCGCUGCAUGAAUCAUUUUAUUCCUCUUGAAAUCAAAGUUUUCACUGAUGAAACUUAAUUUCAUUGAAAGUCAACUAGAAGUUUUAAAUGUCCAUGUUUAUUAUUUCAUUCAGCCAAACAUAAAAUGUAAAACGUGAUUUGUCAUAAUAAAAACACCAGGACGCUGACCGUUACAACACAUGUAACACAUCUAUACACUUUGAGUAACACUUUGGGGAAAGUACUGUCCUGCCAUAUAGUGGUAAUAUGCACGUUUGUACGAUGUUAGUUUGGCAACAAGUGUUUUAUAAGUUAAUGCUAAAUUAAUGCAGAUUUAACUCUGUUGUAAGGAAAAUGCACUGUGAACUCUGGAGGAAAAUUAAAACUGAUGGCUAUCCCCACAGGACCUCCGCAAAGUACUUUGAUCUCAGGUCCUCCUAGUUUAAAUACUUGUCGUUUUGGUUCUUUGUUAAUGUCUGUUUGUUAGCUUAGAGUUUGAUUAUUUCUUAGUUAAAUCCUUAGUUUUUUUUUAUUGCAGUUUUGUGCACUUAGUUUUCCCCUUAGCCUGUGUAACGGAGUUAAAAAUGCAUUUUAUUAAUUAUUUUCAGUUUAUGGAUGUUGCUGUCAUGUUGAGAAUUUGUGAAUUUUAUCUCAAUGAGCUAUUUUUAUUUGCAAUUGUUUUAUUAAUGUUGCCUGUGGGAGUUGCCUUUCUGCACUCUGCCUUGUCUGUGCCUCCCAUAGCUUCUCCUGUAAUCCACUCACAGUAUUGAUUUGCAUUGCUGAGGGUAAAUUGUGGGAUAAUGUGCUGCUGUGAGGUCGUGUUUUCUUGAAGUCUGUAGUCUCUGGUGCAUAUUGUUUACUGUUGCAUAUUAUUAUGUUGUCAAGGUGUUUUGUGUUGUUUUGACCGUUACUAUAAAUUUUAUAGAUGUUUUUGGUUUCACUUUUUUUGGCGCCAUUUGUCAGAGGCCCUGUGACGUCAUUUUAAAUUUAAAUUAUUAAAAUUAAUGCAAUUUUAAAAAGGGACAUAUAGAAAAAAGUGAUUUUGAUGAUUUAAACCCUGGAUUUAGUCGUUUUUUCCAUUGUAUGGCACAUAAGCAUCAGUAGUUCAUGGACCUUCAAAAAGUUAAAAAUCCAUAGAUUCAAUGUUGUCAUCAUUUCUGGGUCUGAUAAAUGGCGUCAUUUUGAUGUUUUUUUUUUCUUUUUAAAGAAUACGUUUUUUUACUCAUAAACAAAAAUAUUUUUUUCAUGAACUAAAAGUUUAUAAUUAAGUUAUUAAAAGACAGACAUUAUUGUGGUUUAAGUUAUGUUUAAUUAAUGUUUGCUUCAUUUCUAUUUAUCUGCAUUUUUCAUCUGUCUACUACAUUCACAGAUUACUGCAAACUCAAAGUGCAAUUAUUGUCUUCUAAAGUGAUCUAUAAUGGGAUGGCUACACCGUUAGCCGGUAGCAAGACUGUCGUAGCUAACAUUAGCUCUGGUGCUAACAGCAGCAUGUUUUACAUUGAAGUGAUACCAUCGGUUAAAGUGGUGCAGUGAUAAGAAAACUCUUUGCUGCACAAUAUGCACACAACCACACUUUUAUCCAAGCUGCCAUUGGGAAGAUUUUUAAAAGAAAACCUUCUGCCCCACAAGCUCAAUGUGUUCUCUUCCUUCUCUGUUCACCAAACUUUCUUAUGCGCUGAUGUCACUCCUGUGCAUCUUCAUCACGGCUGCAAACAGACUUCAGGUUCAUUACCGCCACCUACUGGGCUGGAGUGUGCAUCACAGUUACUGAUGUGCCAGAAAUAAGGGAACUGAGAAAGGUGCGAUUAAAUGGGUUAUUGUUUUUAACGUCUUAUUUCUGUAAUUAAUUAAUUGAAAUUAACAUGUUAAAGUCCCAGCCCUAGUUAUAACUUUUGUUUCCUUUCAGUCACUCCACCCUGAUGCACUGUGCCAAAGUGGCCACCAGGUGACAUCGUUCAUCUUGUAUUUGAUUUGCUUUCAUUGUUGUGAGGAAAUCUGUUGUUGAAAAUUAACUGUUCAAAAUGUUAGACAGUGUUGAUUUGCAUUGCUGAGGGAGCAGAGUGCAUAAUGAAAGGUGACCAGAGGACAGUUAAUGUGUUUUAAUCUCUUCUGCAGAGGAAAAUAAAUGCUAGAGAAUGCUCAACCAAGUCUUCCUUGAUGCCCUAACCACAUAUGCACACGCCCAUUGCACCUGUUCAGUUUUAUCUUUUGUUGUCUGACAAUAAAAGAUUUUUUAAAUUAGAUUGGUCUCCACCUGUUACCGUGUGUUUUGCGCUCUGGGUUCGAAACCUAAGCCGUGACAAAUAUGAUCCUCCUCUGCUGCUUGUUUGAAUGUCAUCGAAGAUGGUCAAGUCAGACAGGAAGAGGCUGAGGAGGAGACGUGUGUGAAGUUCAGUCUGAAGACGAGGGGUAAAUCUGAAAUCGCAGAGGGCUGAGGUAUGAGGGGACAGCUCCUGAAAUUACAUUUCUCUCUGAUAAUCACCCUCCUCUGCUUGGGGGGUCUUCUCACUUCUCUCAUCUGGUACAACUACAAUGUGGAACCUCACCGACUGUCUCCUCGGAAGAAAAAUCCCUCUCAGCUCUCUGAACCUUGUAAAAGCUGCACGAAGGUUAUGGACAAAGUAGCAGAGAGAAAAACUGAAAUCUCAGAGAAGCAAGAAGACAAACCAGAAAAAAUCAGGGAGGGCAACAGCAAAGCAGCAGAGCAAAACUCUAAAAUCUCAAAGAACCAAGAGGACAAUCCCCAGAAAGUCAAGGAGGGCAACAACAAAGCAGUAGAGCAAAACUCUGAAACCUCAAAGAAACAAGAGGACAGUCUCCAGAAAGUCAAGGAGGUCAUCCACAAAGCAGUAGAACGUUACUCUCAAACCUGGAAGAAGCAGGAGGACAAUUACCAAAAAUUCAGAUCUAACCUGAGCAGCAAGUGCCAUGGAUUGGAGGAGGCCAUAAUUACCCAGAACAAUAAACCAGUUGGAUCGGAGAUUGUUUACGAUGGGAGUAAGAAGACUCUGAAGGUGACUCCAGAGCUCUUCAGCAUCUUUAUGAAGGAGCAUCCUUUCUCCAAUAAAACAUUGGACACUUGUGCCGUUGUUGGGAACGGUGGGAUCCUGAUCAACAGCAGCUGUGGGGAAAUGAUUGACUCGGCUCAGUUUGUCAUCAGGUGCAAUCUCCCUCCUUUGGCAAACGGAUACGAGAAACAUGUUGGCAUCAAGACUGACCUUGUGACGGCAAACCCAAGUAUCUUCAAUUACAGGUUCGGGGCUCUGAAUGGACCCCGACAUCCAUUUGUGGAGAGUCUACGUAGAUAUGGAAACUCCCUGCUGCUUAUUCACGCCUUUUCCUUUAGCGCCUACACUGCUGUAUCUCUGCGGGCCAUCUACACCAUCAAUGACUUCGAGAGCCCCAUCCGACCAGUCUUCUUAAACCCAGAGUACCUCAAGAGUCUGCUCCUGUUCUGGCGAGCUCAGGGCCUGAGAGAAAACAGACUCAGCACCGGCCUCAUCACUACCAGUCUGGCUCUGGAGCUCUGCAACAACGUUCAUCUGUACGGAUUCUGGCCCUUCAGUAACCACCCACAUGACCUCCACAACCUGACCAACCACUACUAUGACGACAUGCAAGCUAAAAAGCAGUUCCACGCCAUGCCAGCUGAGUUUGACCUCCUGAUGAGGUUGCACAGUCAGGGCAUCCUCAGACUUCACCUGGGAGACUGCCCAACAGGUGGAAAGUAGUUCCCAGGGACAAACAACAGCACAACAGCAAAGUACCUUCUUUUAGCCUCAGGAUGAAACCAGUCACUCAGAUAUUUCAAAUAAAUUACCUGAUUUAUUUCAGCUGAUAGGACGGAUCGAGUUUGUCCACCUGGUUACCUAUCAUCAGCCAAGAUGCUUGCAUUGAAACCUAAAUGCAACAACUACAAGACUAUCUGUAGUCUUAUAGUGUAUCUACAACUCUAUUACCACAAAUGUUCCAGCUGGAGUCUGGAAGGAAUUAUUUAGAUUUUACUGGGAUGCCUUGUAUACAUUGUAGUGCCUUAUGUUAAUCAUGUACUGAUGAUAGCUUUUGGAUCAAAUUCAGUGUGUUUUAAUUUGAAGUAAAUCAACUUUAAGUUUUAAAUGUGUCCAUCUUUAGGAUUUGAUUUACCCGAACAUAAAAUGUAAAACACGAUUUGUCACCGUUUAACGAAAACACCAGCACAUUGAAUGUUGAAACACAUUCAACACAUUGAUUAUUGAUUACAAUAACUUAAUUCUUUUUAACAAUGCAUUUAAAAAAAAAAAAAAAGGAACCAUUAAAUUAGCAAAGGAAGGGGAAAAUGAGCGGAAGCCAGCGGUGGUGAAGUCGCUAAUUAACAAAUUAUGAACCACUUGUGGGCUCUCAGAAAUUUGCAACCACAACAAAAAGGUGUCAAACAUUGUGUCCCAGUUCUCUUACCACUGCAGCCUU